UCUCACCAUCAUCAUCAUCUAUAAAGACCUUCUCAUUGACAAAGCCAGAUAGUUUAGCCUGCAUGUGCUUGUCUGGUUCAAAGAUGAGUGGAGCAAACAGUGGGUUCCCCAUGUGCUUGCUGAACACAAUCAACAAGUCACAGAUGGUAAUGAAUGCCUACAAACAACAUAGUAUACAUAAUAUUAGGGCAAACAGUGGGUUCCCCAUGUGCUUGCUGAACACAAUCAGCAAAUCACAGAUGGUGAUGAAUGCCUACAAACAACAUAGUAUACAUAAUAUUAGGGCAAACAGUGGGUUCCCCAUGUGCUUGCUGAACACAAUCAGCAAAUCACAGAUGGUAAUGAAUGCCUACAAACAACAUAGUAUACAUAAUAUUAGGGCAAACAGUGGGUUCCCCAUGUGCUUGCUGAACACAAUCAGCAAAUCACAGAUGGUGAUGAAUGCCUACAAACAACAUAGUAUACAUAAUAUUAGGGCAAACAGUGGGUUCCCCAUGUGCUUGCUGAACACAAUCAACAAGUCACAGAUGGUGAUGAAUGCCUACAAACAACAUAGUAUACAUAAUAUUAGGGCAAACAGUGGGUUCCCCAUGUGCUUGCUGAACACAAUCAACAAGUCACAGAUGGUAAUGAAUGCCUACAAACAACAUAGUAUACAUAAUAUUAGGGCAAACAGUGGGUUCCCCAUGUGCUUGCUGAACACAAUCAGCAAAUCACAGAUGGUAAUGAAUGCCUACAAACAACAUAGUAUACAUAAUAUUAGGGCAAACAGUGGGUUCCCCAUGUGCUUGCUGAACACAAUCAGCAAAUCACAGAUGGUGAUGAAUGCCUACAAACAACAUAGUAGACAUAAUAUUAGGGCAAACAGUGGGUUCCCCAUGUGCUUACUGAACACAAUCAGCAAAUCACAGAUGGUGAUGAAUGCCUACAAACAACAUAGUAUACAUAAUAUUAGGGCAAACAAUGGGUUCCCCAUGUGCUUACUGAACACAAUCAGCAAAUCACAGAUGGUGAUGAAUGCCUACAAACAACAUAGUAUACAUAAUAUUAGGGCAAACAGUGGGUUCCCCAUGUGCUUGCUGAACACAAUUAGCAAAUCACAGAUGGUGAUGAA